UUUUGCUGAAACAUUUCGAAGAAUCUCUUUGCAAAAUGGUGAUGUACCUCAAGGGAUCUUCACAAUCAAGAGGGGCAAUGCCCAGCCGCCGCCUGCUCCACCCAAAUUGCGACUCCUCUGCUCAGAGAGCAACCAACCCACAUGCAAAUGCUGUGGGAGUAACAGUCCGGGUUGUGCGUGGCUCUGACCGCGACGCAAGCCCAUGAUAUAUUCAAUCAAUUCGCGUGUCAGACUCAUAAUGUGUCAACUCCAGACAUGUUCGGAGCAGUAAUUGCUCGGGAGCAAAGAGGGAGGGAGCGAUAAGAAGGGCUUGAGGGGGUGGGGGGGAGAGAGAACACAUUCUGUGUUUGCUUGAUUUAUUGAUCAAUUGCGGGAUUAAUUUGGGGUAGAGGAGGAGGAGGUGUUCGCGAGGGUAUAAUAAUACCUGGAUGUUGCUAAUUCCAUUCCUCACCAUGUGUUUAUUCUGCUCCACGUGAUAGCUGGUUCGUUCCGCGAACUGUAGCUGCAGAUAGUUUUUUUUAACAAUUCGUCUUGCCCUCUCACCCUUUUUUAUGGCGAGUUGAAAUGCGUCGUCGCGUUACGCAUUUCAGGUGGUGGGGUGGUAGGAGCUCGUGGUUGUUUUGAAAGGGCUGUGAGCUCGCGUACCUGAAGAAGCUUGGAUGUGGAGAAUUGUAUGGGUUCGUUUGUUUCAGGGGAGUUUUGAUGUAUCCGGUGUCUGUCCUCGACUUCUUGAAGGAUUGGUCCCAUAGGCUCUCAUCACUCCGUGCAUUGUGUGCAGUGAGCCUGUCUUCGUUACUUUUUGGGUCCAAGAGUCGAAGUGCCAGCACUCAUUUUGGUUAAGUCUAGUGGGGGUUCGUUCCUUUCGAGGAAUAUUGAGCAGUAGAGGCGGGAUAAUGUAGUGGUUCAGCUGCUGGCUCGGUGUGUCCUCGGGGCCGAGAUUUCUUUUUUCCUAGAGUUGGGAGUGUAUCCUCGGAUUCUAGUGUCUGUUAUACUUUCACCAAAUUGCCAGAUUGUAAUCUGAUUUCAUGAAAGAAUCAUGAGUAGGAGCUUUUUGUUAGCUUUGGAGGCCUUUGUGACAUAAUCGAUGUUCGUUUUUCUUUGGACAACUUUUGUAAAGUUUCUUUUGGACAACUAGGUAGUACUCAAGGCUCAGUAUCUUGGCCUCUCCAAAUCGCAUGUUCAGCAAUUUGACCAAACAUUUUGUAAGAUUGAGACCCAAUUACAAGUCGAUCUUCUGCGACUUAGAGUUAGGAUUCGAACUGUGGUACCUGAACGUUGAGGCUGGAACCCGGAGCUUUGCAUUCUAGAGCCAUGGAGAAUGCGAUUGAUAAACCAGUUAACAGUUUCUCCAUCGCGAUUCGUGGGGUGGUUAUCGUUAUGUUAGUUGCAGUCUCCUCUGAGGUCGCCUGUGCGACGUUGAAAGGAACCCCGAAGACGAAUGCUUAUGCGACAUUGCUGUACAUGGGCACACCUCGUGACUACGAAUUUUACAUCGCCGCUCGGGUGAUGUUGGGGACCCUUUUGCGCCUUGAAGUAGACGCAGACCUUGUGGUUAUCGCCUCCACCAGCGUGCCCCAGCAUUGGCAGGAGACUUUGACUGACGAAGGUUUCAAGGUUGUGGUAGUCAAGGAUAUUCAGAAUCCUUACCAUAGCAAUCACAAUUUUAACAAGCGCUUUGAAUUCACAUUGAACAAGAUCUACGUUUGGAGUCUGACGGAAUAUACGCGGGUUGUAAUGCUUGAUGUGGACAACUUAUUUCUCCGCAAGCCCGACGAGCUUUUUCAAUGUGGUCAAUUUUGUGCUGCUUUCAUCAACCCCUGCAUUUUCCACACAGGUCUCUUUGUUCUGCAGCCAUCGAGCGAGGUUUUUAGUACAAUGAUGCAUGACAUCAAUGCUAAAAAGGAGAACAGGGAUGGAGUAGAUCAAGGUUUCUUGGUCAGUCACUUCACUGAUCUUCUUGAUCGACCAAUGUUUCACCCCCCAGUAGACGGUUCAAGGCUGAAUGGACUUUUCCGACUUUCAAUUGGAUAUCAAAUGGAUGCCGCGUUCUACUAUUUGAAGUUGAAAUGGCGCAUACCUUGUGGUCCAAAUAGCGUUAUCACAUUUCCUAGCGUUCCUAUGCUGAAGCCAUGGUAUUGGUGGUCGUGGCCAACUCUGCCUCUGGGACUAUCAUGGCAUGAAAAGCGUAUGGAAACCAUUGGAUAUGAAAGUGAGACAUCCACUCUCAUUGCCGAAAGCUUGUUUUAUGUCGUCACCAUGUUCCUUGCAAUAAUUAUUCGGCAGAGGUAUGCGGCCGUCGAGAAGAGCUUCACGAAAUCAUGCUUUGGUCGGGGACUCUACUGCGAGAAAAAGAUGUGUCACCCGUUGGCCUUAAAAAUCCUCAUCGCUCUCUUGGUGGCCGUGAGCUUCCUAUUCCCUGCCUUAAUAAUACCAACAACAGUGCAUCCAUUUGCAGGCUGGGGAGUCUUCCUUCUGGGAUCUCUCUGGCAUCUCACUGUCGUCAUCAAUUCCUUCCAGCUUCCAGUUCUACCAGUGUUGACCCCCUGGAUUGGCGGUAUUGGAGCCCUAUCAGUUUUGGCUUGGCCUUUUUACAGCAAUGGUAUUCUGCGAGCAGCAGCCAUUGCGGUGUACACUGCUUUGGUCACCCCAAUUCUGUGGAACGCUGCAAUGAAGGUUAGUGCCGUUGUGGAUGUUCGAACACACUGGGAGCCUCAAUUGACUUGGACGCGUUUAAAUUCGGGGUCUGGCUCAGAAACUCUCAUGAAACUAUGCUAGCCUGGAAAGAAUGAAUAGGGUUAACAAUUCACCAGUUCUCUUUGCGAAGAAUCGGUCCUGUAGAACGCUCUCAGAACAGUGCUACCUCUUGUUGGGAGAACUUUCUGAGUGACGUGGGCGAAGCAUGCUCUAUUCACGGCGAAGUUGGCUUAGGACUACCACAAUUAGUGAAGGCUAGAAUGUGACGUUUUGGAGGUAGCACAUUUCUCUGAACUAUAUGUCGUUUAGUUCUUCCAAUGUGUCCUUCCUGUCAGCUGCUGCUCCUAGGGACAAUUUCAGGAAAUGACCUCUAACCCGUGGGUAACAAGUGGGGGCAUAUUCCUAGGAUCACUGCAGAGAGGAUUUUACAAGUUGUAUGCUUCUGUAGAUUUAUACAAAUAUUUCUUUCGACUUGGUAUGUGCAUUUUA